AUGCCAAAAACAACACAAAAGAAAUAUAUUACAAAUCAAUUAAUACAAACACUUGUAGAGGAAUUGGAAGAGGGACAAUUUGUUGCAAAAAUUUUGGCUUCAAGAGGAAAUAAUUUACACGAAGUGGAGAGCUUUAAUGGAGAAAAUUUUUUGGUAAGUAUGCCUUCAAGAUUUCGUCGAACACUUUGGGUUCGACGUGGAAAUUUUAUCAUUGUCCAGCCAAUAGAAGAAGGAGACAAAGUUAAAGCAGAAAUUGUGCAUGUUUUGGAUAUCGAAAAUAUUUCUAAUUUAAUUGAAAAAGGCAAAUGGCCAGAAAGAUUUUUACAAGAAGGAGAAUUAUUAACUAAGAGACGAAAGAAAUUCGAUGAAAAUGGAAAAGAAGAGGAUGAGGAUUCGAGUAUGUUCCCUCCAACAUCUUCAGAAGAGGACGAGGAUGAUAAUGAGGCGGAUGAAGGUUUCUUUAAUUUUUUAAAGUCCUCAAUUGCUUUCAAUUUACUUUUUCUGCGUUCUAAAUAUUUUUACAUGGUGUAUUGUAGGGUUGUUCCCCGAUGGCGGGUGGAGGAGAACUGUUCAGGGAGACAGCGCUACGGAGGAGGGGGGGGGGGUCUCUCAAGUUCCCCGACUUUCGGGAACUGGGAACAACCCUAA